AUGUGUUCAAUAUCUUUGCUUUUUCUUUUAAUUUCUCAUUUCAUUCAAAUUUUCUUUCUUUCAUUUCUUGUUUUUCCUUUGUCUUAUAAUUACAUGUUUUCUUUUCUUGCUUUCAUCUUCUAUCGUUUUCUUUUUUCUUUCUUUCUUUUUAUUUUAUUUCGGGACUUAUUUCAUAUUUCUUCCUUCACUUUACUUCCAUUUUUAAUAUCGAGUUCUUUUUUCUUAUUUUUCUCUUCUUUUUUACAUAACUUUAUUUUUUCUCCAGUAAUAGUUUCUUUCUUUUUUUUUUUUCUUUCUUUUUAUAGCCGUCUUAUUCUAAGAAAGCUUUAUUUCUUAAUAUAUUCCUUUCUCAUAGCUUCUUCGUUCCGUUUUUCUUUCUUUCUCAAAGACUUUCCUGCUUUUCCUUUCUUCCUCCUUUCUUUCUUUCUUUCUUUCCUUCUUUCUUUCUUUCUUUCUCAUAGCCUUUUCAUUCUUUCUUUCUUUUUUCUUUCUUCCGAUAGCCUUUUCUUUCUUUAUUUCUUUUUCUUUCUUUCUCAUGACAUAUACUUUCUUAUAGACUCUUCUUUCUUUCUUUCUUUCUUUCUUUCUUUCUUUCUUUCUUUCUUUCUUUCCAUUGUCUUUUCUUUCUUUCUUUCUUUUUCAUAG